GUGCCAGGUAAGGCAUGGGUGUGACAUUUACAUUCUGAUAUUUGAUAACGACUUGAAUUUAAGAUUUAUCCUGGAACAUAAUGACCCUUUGGCCGUUGAUGAAAGCUGUAGGCCACAUAACAAAAAAAAAUGGGCUUGAGUGUUGUCAAAAAAAGUUUGUUUACUGUUUGUCGAAAGACAAUGACAGUUGAUAAGCCGUGAGCACUUUAAUGGGCGUAAGAUUGCACUUAAGCUGAGCUUAUUUCGUUCCCAAGGCCAUCACCUGGAUGCUGAAAAGAUUUGGUACUCAGCUUGGAUAUUAGCGCUCAACAGUGAUACUUAUCGGGUUGCUUGUUGUGGUGUCGGUCAAAACACGUCGCAACCUUCGGAACUGGUACUUGGCAGUGAGGGUACAGGAAGGUAAACAGAUAACGAUGGAUGUACUGCCAAAAUUGACAGAUGAACCGGCUUGGAAGUUGUUGGAACAAUAUUACAGAAAUAGUGGAGAAAAAUUAAAUAUCAACGAACUUAUGAAGAAAAACCCUGCCCGUUUUGAGCAGUUCAGCAUUGAACUAGAAACACCGUGCGAUGGCGGUAUUUUAGUGGACUACUCUAAAAACCGUAUUGAUGAUGAAGGCCUAUCUCUUUUGUUUGAACUGGCGCGGGCGAGGCGGGUGGAGCGAGCCAGGGACGACGUGCUGGCGGGCAAGAGGGUGAACUUCACGGAGGGCGAGGGAGAGGCCGUGCUCCACGUGGCGCUGCGGAACAGGGGCGGCGCGCCGGUCCCUCUCGACGGCCGGGACGUGAUGCCUGACGUGGAGGCGGCGCUGACGCACAUGAGGGACUUCACCGAGAAGGUCAUUUCAAAGAGCUGGAAAGGUUACACCGGGAAGCCCAUUGAAGAUGUCGUACACUUUGCCUCAGGUUGCAAUUACAUGGGGCCGUACAUGGUAGCAGAAGCCUUAAAGCCCUACGCAAUCGGGCCCAGAGUCCACUUUGUGGCCAAUGUCGACGGCACCCACUUGGCUGAGACCUUGAAGAACGUCAACCCGGAGACUGUACUCUUCAUAGUCGCUUCCAAAACUUUCACGACCUUGGAUACGAUAGUGAAUGCCACAUCGGCUAAAGAGUGGCUGCUGUGUAAAUCCAAAGAUCCGAGCGCGGUGUCGAAGCAGUUCGUGGGUCUCGGGGCCAACGUGGCCAGGAUGAAGGAGUUCGGGAUCGACGAGCGGAACAUGUUCGUCCUGUGGGACUGGGUGGCCGGCUCCUUCUCGCUGUGGUCCACCAUCGGCCUCCCCAUCGCCCUUUCCGUCGGCUUCGACAACUUCCAGGACCUCCUCGCGGGGGCUCAUUUCGUCGACGGCCACUUCAAGACGGCUCCCCUCGAGAGAAACGUGCCAGUCAUCCUAGGCUUGCUGGGUAUUUGGUACAAUAAUUUCUUUGGCGCAGAAACCCACGCGUUGCUUCCUUACGACCAGUACUUGCAUUUGUUCCCGAGCCACUUCCAGUACACAGAGAUGGAAGCAAAUGGAAAGUGCGUGACGCUGGGCGGGCACCCGACGGGACACCGCACGGGCCCCGUGGUGUGGGGGGCGCCCGGGACCAGUGGCCAGCACACCUUCUUCCAGCUCCUGCACCAGGGGUCGAGGCUCGUGCCGUGCGACUUCAUCGCCCCGGCCCGGACCCACAACCCUGUCGGGAACGGGAAGCACCACAGGGUCCUGCUUGCGAACUUCCUCGCCCAGACGGAGGCCCUGAUGAAGGGCAAGACAGCUGCGGAAGUUCGCGCGGAGCUGAAUAAGUCGGGAAAGUCGAAGUCGCAGGUGGAGGCGUUACUGCCCCACAAGGUGUUCGAGGGAAACAGGCCGAGCAAUUCCAUCGUCGUGAAGAAAUUCACACCGUUCACGCUGGGAGCUCUUAUCGCUAUAUACGAGUACAAAAUGUUUGUGCAAAGUGCCAUUUGGAACAUUGACCCAUACAACUUUAUGGGGCUGGAUCUGGGCAAAGAGCUGGCGAAACCAAUCGAGAAGGAGUUGGAAAACAGCGCGCCAGUCAGCAGCCACGAUCCUUCAACCAACGGCCUCAUAAACUUCCUGAAGAGGAACAUAUAGCAGGGGGAAGUAAAAAAAUCCUGUUUGAUCUGGUUUAGUGUACAAUAUAAAUUUUAAAUAAAAAUAUUUUUGUAUCCAAGGAAAAAA